AUGGUUCUUAACAGCAUUGAGCCACAGCAUCUUGGACUGAAGCUGGAAGCAUUCGUGAUUAGCAAGCUUGAUGAACAUGUAACACUUAACUGUCAAUGGCCACUCAACAAACUUAUUAGUGAAUGCUGUGAGCUUAUCCAAGAUAACCUUGAAUUUAUCUUAAUGGAGAAGAAUGUGUCAGGCAAAGUCAAAAUGAAUUAUACAAACUAUGAGCAUGCUAUAGUAGAACGUCAUGGUGUUGAGCUAACUAAGUGGCCCUUGCCGGGGGGGGUGAAAAAUCCCUUGAAGUGGGUCUCUCUCUCAGACGAGGAGCUUGUCAAGAGGAUGAAGGAUAACCGGGAUCGGCAUGCACAUGGGGAACAAGUUUAUGUGCAAAGGAAAGCCAGGGCUUGUGUUUCACAACCCAAGAGUAAAGCCACUGUCAACACUGAUGACGAGUUGAGCUCAAGCUCAAGCUCAAGCUCAAGCUCAGACUUGGAUUCGGAUUCGGACUAG